AUGGAGCUGGUCAAACGAGGAUCGGAUGGAUCAAGGCUAUAUGACUGUGUCUGGAGAUACAAUUCCAGUGUGAACGAGUGGACAGAAGUGUCUCCAAUGUUGAAAGCAAGAGAAUACCACAGCUCUACAGUCCUGGAUGGGCUGCUGUACGUUAUCGCCUCCGACAGCACAGAGCGCUAUGACCACUCCGUGGAUACCUGGGAGGCUCUGCAGCCCAUGCUGUACCCGAUGGACAACUGCUCCACCACGUCGUGCCGUGGCAAGCUGUUUGCUAUAGGCUCCCUGGCUGGCAAAGAGUCCAUGGUUAUGCAGUGCUACGAUCCCGACAGCGAUCUCUGGUCCCUCGUGAACUGUGGUCACCUGCCUCCGUGGUCAUUUGCACCGAAGACUGUAACUCUUAAUGGGCUCAUGUACUUUAUAAGAGAUGACUCCGCUGAAGUGGAUGUUUACAACCCAGUGAAGAAUGAAUGGGAUAAAAUCCCUGCCAUGCUUCAGGUUCAUGUCGGGGGGAGCGUGGCUGUACUAGGCGGAAAGCUCUACGUCUCUGGUGGCUACGAUAACACGUUUGAACUCUCGGAUGUCCUGGAAGCUUAUGACCCAGAAACACGAACAUGGAGCGUAGUGGGCCGACUUCCCGAGCCCACCUUCUGGCACGGCAGCGUCAGCAUAUUCCGACAGUUCAUGCCAGAAACCACGCAGGAGGAUGACGGCAUCACGCUGGACAACACCAUCAGCUUGAACAGGCAGCGCCAGAACCUUCAUAACCAGAACCUUAAUGAGCUACGUUAACAGGGGAACAUACCGUCUCUGGCUUGACGUGAGUUCGUUAUACGGAACCAGCGUUGCUUUGAGAGGAGGGGAGAGGUAAACUGGUGCUUGGAAACAAAAACAUACUGACCAGUGGAGAGGGAGUAAAAAUUCUGGAAUUAUUAAAAUGCUGUAGUAGAAACGUAGUUGGCAGAAAGUGAGAGGCCUCUGGGUGCAGUGUUCCUCAGCCCUUUUCUGUGGAGGGAGAAGAGAAGGCGCAGCGUGAUUCACAGAGAAGAUCUGAGAGGUGAACUCUGAAGCAAACAAUCACGUUAAAUAUCACUGAAGAAUCACUUGCAGUUACAGCUUUUGGUCAGACACCUUUCACUAGAAACUCCUUCAGCCUGCAACACUUCACAUUUGCUGCCAAAUUCCUUUCUUCGUGGUUUCUUCCUACGGGGAAAAAAAAAAAAGAACAGAAGAAAACGGGCAGGACCAAACCCCCGAUGGCUUGAGCGUGCUGCAGCGGGAGGGCUUUUUCUGGUAGGGCUAGAGUCUGGACCCACCGCUUCCUGUUCAGCGUUUCAGAGGAAGACAGACCUCCUGUGCCCACCUUCCUCUGUAUGGCUUGAGGGGAAAACCCCUUCCUGUGAGAAGAUAAAGCUCUGUUGUUGGUGAGAGGUUAAUUCGAGAAUAGAGCCCAGCCUAUCGCAUCACUGUAGUCUUUGAUUCCUGUUCAUACUUUCAAAGAGAGCAUACAUGUGCUUUUCCUGCUGCGUAGCCAGGAUCUUACUGAGGCUAGGUUAUGAAACUUCACACUUCCCAUUGUCUGGCCUUGAAUUCUUCAGGCAUUUUGUUUUUUAAGUGGUAGCAUUUUAAGUUUUUGCAGGUAUUUGUUGCCUUACUUUCGAGGAGAAUGACUUUUUUAUUAUUUAAGAAACACCUUCAUCUAUCUUUUAAUCACAUUGUCACAACUAGAUUGUUUUCAGUUUUGAUCACCCAAACUGCACUUUCCUUUAAGGAGGAGGGAGAAGGGGGGGGAAAGCAAAUAGCCCUCUCAGCCGGAGUGUUGAGUGACUUCUGGGGGCGGGUAGCUUGUGCCAGGGUCCCUCAGCCUUUCUCCUCUCGCAGUUUUACAAAGCUUUUGUUUAUAUCAGGCUACUCGGCUGCUGGCUGAAGUUGGCAGAAAAUUCCCUUGAGGCAUGUUCUUGUGACUAAGGCUAUUUGCUGUUGGUUCUUCUAUAUCAAGCUCUCGGCACAUGCGUUGGGUUAGGCAGAUCGGCCCUGCGUAGUAAGGGCAUGUUUUUCCUUCUUCACCGUUUUAAAGGAACUACGUCAGAAUUUUACUAUUUUAGAAGUUACCUGGAAAGUGAUAGGAAAGAAAUAUAGCACAGGUUCCUUAGGAAGUUCAGCACAGACUUACAGGGAAAAAAAAAGCUGGUGGUGAUUAAGACACCUCGAUAAAAAGAAUUGCUUUGAGUUAAUGCUCACGUAAGGGAACCUACUGAGCAGCUGGAGAGUUCUCACGCCUGUCUUGUUCUUCGGUUUGCAGAAGCGCUUUGCGUUUGACCAGUUGGAAAAUGCUACUGAGGUAAUUUGGUUAAGGUGUAGGAGUUUACAAGAGUGUUAGCAGAUUAAAAGAUAAUGAUUUUAGGUUUUCCUUUUGGGGGAGGGUGCUGUGUAAGAUUUGCUUUUAUACUUGCUCAAGUAACCUAGUUAGCUUGAGUUGUAUUUCCUCUAUUUAUCUGGGGCAAGUGUGUUUCAGUUGAAGAGAAACUUUUUGCAGUUGACUUGUGGAAUGUCUCUUGAACUAGAAAAUGAUUAAAAUUGCAGUAUGGCUCAUCUGAAAACUGGUAUUACACCUUCAGGAAAAAAUGGAAGAUGUAAUAACAGCUGAGAUGGUAGCUGGUUUUGUGCUUUUUUUUUUUUUCCCCCAGUAGAAGAAAAUUAUGAACCUAAACUUAAUUCAGAAAUGAGAAGCCCAUACCAUAUACUUGAUGGCGUACCUUCUAGCUUGCCACUGAACGGAGUACAGUCAGAACCCUAUCUCCAUAACAAGCAACAUGUUCACAGCUUACAAAAAAAAAAAAAAUGUUUUGCCUUGAAUACUGUUUUAUGCUAAGCUACUUAGCGGUGAAACUUGAGAAACUUGUUUGUGGAAUUUGGGCUAUUCUUAAAGUCUAAACCUUUGACAGUGCCUUGAAACUGUUACAUGCUGGUAGGCUUCAGCCUGCUAAGGAUCCAAGAGGAGACGGGCACAAUAAAGGUGUCACUUGAUAGAUUCAGCAGUCUCUCAUUGCUAUUUCAGUUUCAAACUCCGUCCCUGAGGUGUCAGCUGCUGGAGGAGCCUUGUCUCCUGCGCGAGCAGAGGGGCUGAGGGUAAGAGCUGGCAGAGCCCCCUCCACGAUGACGGCGCUGAGCGGGGCCCUGCGCAAGCGGGCAGCGUUUGGCCGCUCGACUGUUCAACCCAGCUGCAACGGUUCCCCUCUGAGAGUAACGGGGCAGAAAGUCCCACGGCUUCUCCCCGCUCCUUGGCUGGGGCGCAGGCCUGGCCGGGGAGGGCAGCAGUG